AUGGCGGAAUUUGUGCGUGCCCAAAUCUUCGGCACCACGUUCGAGAUUACGAGCCGGUACACCGAUUUGCAGCCUGUUGGCAUGGGCGCCUUCGGCCUGGUUUGCUCGGCCAAGGACCAGCUUACCGGCCAAGCGGUGGCCGUGAAGAAGAUUAUGAAGCCGUUCAGCACACCGGUUCUAUCCAAACGAACAUACCGCGAGCUGAAGCUCUUGAAGCACCUCCGCCACGAAAAUGUCAUCAGUCUUAGCGAUAUCUUCAUCUCGCCUCUUGAAGACAUCUACUUUGUCACUGAGCUCCUCGGCACCGACCUUCACCGACUCCUCACUUCCAGGCCUCUAGAGAAGCAGUUCAUCCAGUACUUCCUCUACCAGAUACUCCGAGGGCUCAAAUAUGUCCACUCUGCCGGCGUUGUGCACCGCGACCUCAAGCCUAGCAACAUCCUCGUAAACGAAAACUGCGACCUCAAAAUCUGCGACUUCGGACUGGCGCGUAUUCAGGACCCGCAGAUGACCGGUUACGUCUCUACGCGAUACUACCGUGCGCCGGAGAUCAUGCUUACGUGGCAGAAAUACGACGUGGAGGUGGACAUUUGGAGUGCGGGUUGCAUCUUCGCCGAAAUGUUGGAGGGCAAGCCACUAUUCCCGGGCAAGGAUCACGUGAAUCAGUUCUCGAUCAUUACCGAGCUGCUCGGUACCCCACCAGAUGAUGUUAUUCAGACCAUCUGCAGCGAAAAUACAUUGCGAUUUGUUCAAUCCCUGCCAAAGCGCGAACGCCAGCCUUUGAGCAACAAGUUCAAGAACGCGGACCCAAUGGCAAUUGAUCUACUAGAGAAGAUGCUUGUGUUCGACCCGAAGAAGCGCGUCCGCGCCGGCGAGGCUCUUGCUCAUCCAUACCUUGCUCCGUAUCACGAUCCGACGGAUGAGCCUGUUGCCGAAGAAAAAUUCGACUGGUCUUUCAAUGACGCGGAUCUCCCGGUUGAUACGUGGAAAAUCAUGAUGUACUCGGAAAUCCUGGACUACCACAACGUAGAUGCGCAGAACCAGGGCGAUGUUGAGAACGGUAGCUAG